UGGAGGUGCAGAUGAGCAGCUGGAGAAGAUCAUGAAAACAGAACGCUUUAAACCUGACAAGGCAUUUGCAGGAACAUCAGAGAGAGCUGCUCCAAGAGAUGGACCUGUACAAUUCGAGAAGGAGGUUGAGGAAGCAGAUCCAUUUGGUUUGGAUCAGUUCUUGACAGAGGUUAAGAAGGGGAAGAAAGCAAUGGCGAGUGUUGGUAGUGGAGGAACUAUGAAGGCUAGUGCUGGUACCACACGAGAUGGCUAUGAAACAUCUAGCAGAACUCGUAUUGCUUUUGACAAGGGGCGUUAAAGUAGCCUUCAGGUGGCAGGAAGUGCUGGCUGUGGACCCAUGUUGGCUGCAUCUACUAGGCAUAGUGCGAGAUAAUCUGCUGGUGUUUCAUUCUGUACUAUUUGCCAAGUAAUUGCUCUUUGCAUGAAAAAAAUAGUAAUUGCUGUCUUCAUGCUCUUGUAACACAUCUUCUUUGUUACCCGUUACUGUUUGGCUUUAAUUUAUUCCUGUCUAUUUCUGAGUUUGCAACACAAGUUUAUUGUUGCUUUCACACUUAAAAUUUUCAUCGCUCCACUAAAUGAAGCGCCUUUGACCAGUUAGAUGAUGCUUUAACGGUAUUCUGGUUUCAACUUUCAACCCAUGUAGUUUAUUUUCUUCUGCUGUUAGUCUCUUGCUAUUCUGUAAUAUCUUUUGGUGAAAGGAUUUUGUGUUCUGUAGCAGUUGCUAUGUGUAGCAAUCUCCAAUCGUUUCAACUUUCAA